GGCAACUGUUGUUAUCAUUUGGCGCUACAUAAAUUAAACUGAAUUGAACAGAAUGUGAAAAUGUUAUAUUGAAAAAGUGUCUUUUGUACAGUGUUUUGAAGUGAUAUACAAUGUUUUAUAGUGACAUGCAAAUCAUUUAUGCUUAUUCAUGUUCAUAAUAAUGCAUCUCUUUGGGCAAGAGAAUCUCCAGUUCCUCAGAAAUUUCCACUCCCCGGGGUCACAUAGGAAUUAUGGGAAAGUUAAGGAUGUUGCAAGCUUGGUCCUGAAAUCAGGUAGAGUAAGAGCUGUGAGUGACGAGGCAGCAGGGGCCCAAAUCAGUAUAAAUAUCAGCACUUCUGCACACAUUUACCAUCAGACAGAAGGACUCAGCUCACAACAAUCAUCCACACCAGGAGAAAGAGUCAAACUUGAGCCUCUCAAAGCCUCCUAAGAUGAAGACGUUCAGUGCUGCAGUUGCAGUGGCCGUCGUGCUCACAUUCAUCUGUGUUCAGCAGAGCUCUGCUGUCCCAGUCACUGAACUGGAGGAGCCAAUGAGCAUGGACUAUCCAGCAGCAGCACCUGAGCAGAUAUUAGUGGACUCAUGGAAGAAGUUGUAUAACACCAUACACAGGCCUGGCAUCAAGUGUCGCUUUUGCUGUGGCUGCUGCACCCCCGGUAUCUGUGGAAUUUGCUGCAGUAAACUGCUGAAAAUGAAAACAUUCACGGCUGCAGUCAUCGUGGCUGUCGCACUAACUAUUUGCAUUGAGGGGAACGCUGCCUUCCCAUUCACAGCAGUGGAAGACGUAGAGGAAGAAAAGAGCACUGAUGAUCCUGCUGCAACGCAAGAAGAGACGUCAGUAGAAACAUGGAUGAUGCCGUUUGACAUCGGGGAGAAUGGCGAUGCUAGCCCCGUCAGAUGCCGUCAUUGCUGCGACUGCUGCCUGCUCAGUGGCUGUGGCAUAUGUUGCCAGUGAGGCUCAGAUUUGAGUAGCUUCCAUCAAAAGCAGCUUUACUUUCUUAUCUUCAGCUAAAAAUAUGAUGUAUGUAUUUAUCCAUGCUGUAUUUACUAUUAUGUUCAAUAAACAACUGUGAUGAUUAGAAAGAGGGAGUGUCUAGGGACAAACAACAGAGGCGGCUGUAUUUUCCGAGGGUGGUCUGCUGUCCAAGUGCAAACCAGGCUCAGCUCUGCAGUGGUUCACUUAUUAUCCAGUACAGAACAUGGAGGUAUGGCAUCCAGCCAUGGUGGUGUGCAUGCUAUUGUGUUACUUUCAGCAUGGCUGGAUCGUGCCUCACUAUUAUAAUGACCACAAAGGUCAAAUAAAUGAUGCGGUGUUAAACCGGUGUAGAAAUAAUUAGGGAACACACAGAUUCAGGCAGUCUAUCUGACAGAGUUAUGAAUGGAGGGAACAAUAUGCAAAGACGUCAACAGAUUGCAAGUGACAUGCAGAACAAUGGCAAACCCUGUGGUUGGUGUUUAAGCCCGUGUGAUUACAAUUUAAUUACCCCCAGUACGCACAGAAGUGCAUAUACACAAAGAAAAACACACACAUUUGCUUACACGCAUGCACAGACUACCAGUCUGGAGCCUGGUGGACUCCUGCUCUGAUCCCACCCUCAUGCAGCCUUGCAGGGGGCUGAGAGGCAUGCCAGGCUUGCCUCACGUCCAGACGGAUGCCCGUUGUACGCCCCCAUACCGACAAAGCUGCUGCCAAACCACACAAGGAGAUAGUAAAUGAGUGCACAGGGCUCUGUUCAGCUUCCUUACACACACAGAGACACGCACACACACCAUGUGGUUUAUUUUAUCUGACUCAUACCCACAUACACAUAUGAGGCACAGUGCAGGCAGGUAGCAAUUAGGGCCCUGUUCAUCGGUAAAUGCAGUACACUACGUCUAUAAAUCUUUUAAACUAGUGAUAUUUAAGUGUGUAAACUAAACUUCUCGGGUGGUAAGAUGAGGAAAUCACACAGUGCUGCUUUUUGUUGGUGAUUUGAUUUGCAGGGGAUGGCGUUUAGCCAGAAAAAUAAUAAUAAUCAUACAAAAGAAAGUCACUUUAGAUCUUUAAGACAAACACAAGUGGAACAAAGAGCUUUAUGUAGCACAUAAUUACUGUGCUACAAACUCUUGACCUGAUGGCGGCACUAACUGAAAUGUCUGGAAAUAAACAUAGACAUGACAAUUCAAAGGGGACGCCAGCCCAUCUGAUAGUAAAUGUCAUUUACAAAUAGUGAGUAAAUGUUAUUUGAAGAUUAUUGACCUGCCCGUGGUGUCAGAAAGCCCCGCUUUCUGUGCCUGCACUGUCUGUGUCUGCAUUGUUCUGUCUGCUGUUGCACUGUUUUUUGCCAUUUUUGCACACUUGCACUUUAUGUAGUCCUGUACCAUGGUCUUGGAGGAACGCUGUCUCGUUUCACUGUGUACUGUACCACUGUAUAUGGUUGAAAUGACAAUAAAGCCACUUGACUUGACUUCA